AUGGUCAGGUGCUCUCCUGUUUGCCGAAGGCUCAUUCAUAAGCUGGAUGCCACUAAGAGGUCGAUAUGCGCCCGAAGUAUGUCAAUUGAUUUGCGAAGUGACACAGUGACGCUUCCAACGGCUGACAUGCUGCGGACUGCCAUGGAAGCAAGUCUCGGUGACGAUGUAAUGGGGGAGGACAAGACAGUCCUGGAGUUGCAGGAAUACAUGGCGGAUUUGACCGGAAAGGAAGCGGCGCUGUUUGUUCCAACGGGAACAAUGGCGAAUCUUGCAGCCAUCUUGUCUCACUGUAACACGCGGGCGUCCGAUAUAGUCAUCGGUUCUACUUCGCACAUUGCUUUGUGGGAAGGUGGCGGAGCCGCUAACCUGGGUGGUGUCCAUACGAGACAGAUCAUUGAAGACGAAGACGCCCGAAUGGAUCCCAACGAUAUCAUAGACAAUAUAUUUCCAGACGCAGAUGAUCACUGUGCGAAAACAACUUUGCUCUGUUUGGAGAAUACCCAGAACAUGCUCGGGGGCGUAGCACUACCUCCGUCCUACAUGUCAGCAAUGGGAAAACUUGCAAAAGAACAUCAAAUCAAGUCACACGUUGACGGUGCUAGAAUAUUCAAUGCUGCAAUAGCUCAAGACGUAUCAGCAAAGGAACUAUGUCAGGACAUUGACAGCAUAUCCAUUUGCUUCUCCAAAGGAUUGGGGGCGCCAGUUGGCAGUGUCUUGGUGGGAGACUCGGAAUUCAUACGCCUGGCCAAGCGAGCUCGCAAACGGUUGGGAGGAGGAAUGCGACAAGCUGGUGUCAUUGCCUCCAUGUGUUUGUACGCCGCACAGCACAACAUUGAUCGUCUUGAAGACGAUCACAGGAGGGCAAAGAUGAUUGCUUCAGAAUUGCAAAACGCUGGAUUUUUCCUACCGCGGAAUGGACAAGUAGACACAAACAUUGUUUAUUUUGGGCUUCCAGCGGACACUGAUAUCUCAAAGCAGGAGUUUCAAAUGAAGCUAGAAAGUGAAUUUCAUACUCUGCUGACAGCAGGCUAUAGCAAGGGGGGUGAACUGUUUCGGCUUGUGACUCAUAUGGGGAUUGAUGACGAGCAAAUCGAGCAUGCUACAGAUGGCAUUGUACAGCUUGCAAAGAAAAUUUGA